AUGACUGCGUUAACAAAUGAGAUGGAGAAAAUAAUAAGAUUAUCUGAAUCAACCUGCAGUGCGACAAUUUGCCGUUGUUUGCAAAUAUUUGAAUCAGGUGGUAUAGUUGCGUUGCCGACGGAUACGUUAUAUGGCGUGGUUACAACCUUGUCAAAUUCUGAUAAACUUUACAAGUUGAAGCGUCGCAAUCAUUUAAAACCUCUUGGUCUGUUUGUUAGCAACGUUCGAGAUGUUCAAAGGUGGUGUCGUCAGACGAUCGACAAUAGCCAACUAAGGACACUUUUACCCGGACCAGUGACAUUAAUCUUUGAACGUUCUACUUUUCUUCCACGCAUUUUCAAUCCGGAACAUGGAACUGUUGGUAUUCGAAUUCCUGAUCACGAUUUUGUUCGUUCAUUGAUGACACGCUUAGAUGAUGUUCCGCUUGCACAAACGAGUGCUAAUAUUUCCAAUAAUCAAAAUAAUCCAAUAUGCAUUGAAGAUUUCAAGGAUUUGUGGUCAGAAUUGGAUUUGAUAAUAGAUGGUGGCGUAAUAUUGCGUCCAGAUGGUAAGGUGAAUCACGAAGGUAGUACAGUGGUAAAUCUGAGUAUUCCUGGUACUUACAGCAUAAUCCGAGAUGGAUGCGCGAGAACGGCGACGGAGGAAAAAUUACGAGAUUGCGGACUGAUUGGUUUAUCAGAUGGUGAUUAUGUGAAUUAA